UUUGUUUUAUAUAGAUCUGGCACGACUAAUUAUAUCACAUGCACGCGUGGUGCAGAAAUAGAUGGUAAAUCUGCGUAUUAAUGUUAAUUGAGGUAGCUAUAUAAAAUCUCUAGCCUAGCUCUUCAAUGACUGGGAUUCUUUUGUACACACAUGUAAGAGAAUAAUUAUGGCUGGUAUACACCUUGUGGUUUUGUUACUGUUUGCCGUACAUUCUUCAGACACACUUGGCAAUCCCGACCUUAUUUCCAGAAUAUCAAAACUGCAGUUUCCACAGGGUCUACUGAACAAGACUACUUACGGAAAGCCGGUCAUCAAGAUCCCACUGUUUGGGAGACUCCCCGGGCUGAUGCAAUAUGUUCCAAAAGGAAAGCAGCUUAAAGAAAAGCGGCUGAGAAGAAGACUCGGAAACGAUUUUAACUUGUUUUGGAUGUCUAUCGACAAACCGGUUGAAGAAGAAAACAGAAUAAGUGUCACAGGUCCAAACUAUAUCAGGCUUCAAAUACUGGAGGAUAUUGAAAAUUUUACCAAAUCCUAUAAAUUCCAGAUAGAAAAUACAACUGAAUUUGUUGAUGAAACUGUGUCAUUCUUUAAAAGGAUGAUGAAUUAUGGAUCCUGCAAUAUAAAUUAUGAAUGGGAAGAUUUGAGCAUUUUGUUUUGGCCUCGGUGGGUAAAGCGGGGCUUCUGCAAUACGGAGGUAUCGUGCUCAUUUCCCGCGGGCAUGUACUGUUCCCCUGCUCGGAGUAAGGUCAUUAAACUACUCAGAUGGACCUGUAAGAGAAAACGGAGAGGAUCGAAACGCCGAAAAAACAAAAAUAAACCAGACAAAAUUGGAGAAUUUAAGAAGAAAAGCCGAUUUCCUGGUGUAAAAUGCAGAUGGAUAAAGGUGCCGUUCCCGGUAACAGAUGAGUGCAUUUGUUCAUGCUGACAGCGGUUCUGUCUGUUUUGUGUAAUAGUAUUUUCCUGUGAUGACGAACAGCAAGACAAAACACAUGCCCUGGUAUGCGUUAAUCGAUUCUUAACAAUUGUCAGGCCUCAGGAAUGUUAGAGGAAUUAUGAAAAUAAAAUACAUUGAUGGUAUUCUACAAAGCAUAUGGCCAACCCAGUAGAUAAGUCACGAAGAAAUGUGAUGUAAACAGGCAUUGCAGUACCAUUCUUACGACGGUAUGCACGAAAUAUUGCAGACAUUUGAAAUUUUUAUUGCUAUCUUAAGUCAUCAAUGUCUAUUGUACGUUGUCUUAAUGAAUUAUUAAAGGUGGCAGAGUAUGGUU